AUGCGCUUCGUCCUCGCUGUGUUGGUCCUGACUUGCUUGGCGGAGGCCUGCCACCAUCGGGGGAGGCACGGUUUCGGCUGGGGAUGCUUGAAGGAGGGGGCGGACAGCUUCUUCAAAAAGGUGCGCCGGCACACCCAGGACACCUUGGCCGGAGUGAGAGAGAGGGUGCACAAGCAUCAGGAUGCGGUGAGGCAGGAGGUCCAAGAGAAGAUGGCGAGAAUCCGGGAGACGGUCGCUGAGAAGCAUGAGCUCCAGGAUGCCUUGAAGAGGGAGCGGGCCGAUCUAGAGAAGAAGCGAGAACAGUUGGAGGAGAUGAAGAUGGAGAACGAGAGGCUCGAAGCGUUGCUCGACGAAUCGAGGCAGAGCAUUCAGGAGCUGGAGGCGACGGGCGAGGGCCAGCGACGUGCGAACCUGAAGCUGAGCCAGGAGAACCAGCAGCUCUUCGUGGAGAAACAGGAGCUGAAGGAGACUUUGAGGAGACUGCGUGAGCGGUCCCGAGAGAAGCAAGCUCGAAUUGAUGGGCUCCUGGAAGAGAAGCACGGGCUCCUUGAAGAGGCCUCCAAAAUCUCGCCGUCGCCACCAGUCUCCUGCCCGGUGACCAGCGCGACGAAAGAAGCCGACCAGAGCUCCGUGAUGAGGGAGCAACUCGAAGAGGCUUUGGCAAAGCUCAGGCAGAUGGAUCGGCGAGAGCUGAAGGAAGGCGACGGUCGUCUCGAUCGCACGUUUCUGCAGCUGCUCCCCAUAUCUUUCUGCUUCAUUUCCUACCUGAUCUUCCGGCCCUUCGUAAAGCAAUCGGAUCUGCCAGCGAACGCUUUGGCGGCGGGUGUCCCAGGUGCCCCGGCCGUGGCUGGCAACGCAGUGGAAGGCGAAGGCGCAGAGGCGCCGAACUGGGAGGCGAUGUCAUCUUCCUCGGACUCGGAGGACUCUGACGAGUCCUUGUCCGAUGCCUCCGAUGUGGGCGCCGAUGAGUGGGAGUUCGUAGCCGAGGCGGACUAA